AUGGCGACUACGGGCUUAUCUAAGGAGCUCUUACUAAUGGGUCGCCGUCCUUUCCGUUGCUACAGAUACAUCAAGAACAAGCCAUUUCCAAAGUCAAGAUACAACCGUGGUGUCCCAGACCCAAAGAUUCGUAUCUUCGAUUUAGGUCGUAAGAAGGCUCCAGUCGAUGACUUCCCAUACUGUGCUCACUUGGUCUCAGAUGAACUUGAACAACUUUCAUCUGAAGCCCUCGAAGCUGCACGUAUUACCUGCAACAAGUACAUUGUUAAGACCGCUGGUAAGGAAGCUUUCCACUUGCGUGUCCGUGUACACCCAUUCCACGUUAUCCGUAUCAACAAGAUGUUGUCAUGCGCUGGUGCUGAUAGAUUGCAACAAGGUAUGAGACAUGCUUGGGGUAAGCCAUACGGUACCGUCGCACGUGUAAACAUUGGUCAAGUCUUGAUUUCAAUUCGUUGUAAGGACCAAAACGCACACGUCGUCAAGGAAGCUCUCCGUCGUGCUCGUUACAAGUUCCCAGGUCGUCAAAAGAUCAUCGUUUCAAAGAAAUGGGGUUUCACCAACCUUGACCGUGAGCAAUACUUGAAGUUACGCGGUGAAGGUCGUGUCCAAAAGGAUGGUGCCUACGUUCAAUACAUCAAGCCACAAGGUCCAUUGCUUGAAAACCUCAGACGUCAAGCUGCCAUCAGAGCUGAUCUCUAA